CCGGCGGGACCCGGCGCGGGCCGCUCACCAGAGUCACAUGUGACGAGGCAGCACCGUCUAACAUCAGCAGCACAGCGACGUAUGAGUGCUCGAAGGCAGGCAGAGGUAGCUGUCGCGUUGAUCUCCUCUGGGUAGAAGCAGGAACGAAGAUCUGUCUGCUGUUACUGUUUAGCGCGGCAGACAGUAACUGUUGAAGCAGACAAGCAGACAAAUCGAUCGAACAGGGCUUGACUGGCUAUCUGAUAGUGACUAAUGCAGGGUUGACAGUACCCGGAAGGAGAGAGGAACGUACCGUGAGUGGCAUCGUCGAGAAAAACGGAACGUAAAUACGUCAAGACAACGACGUACCUCUCGGUCAUAGCCGCUGUCUGGAGUGUGCUCGUGCUGUGGUCGUGCUAGAUAGCUUAAGAAAUAGCUGUAAAAAAGUGUAGAAUGGUUUUUCUUUCAUGUAGAUUGCCGUGUGCCAUGUACUUGUGACCUCAAAGGAUCUACCCCAAAGUUAGGGCGUGUACAACUGUCUUGGUAACUUGAAAGUGCGAUCUCAUUUAUCGGCCAGUAAAACAUAAAACUUAUCGGUAGCACAAUUCAAUUGAAAAUAGAACUAGGUCGUUUGCGCAAUCGAGGUUUACUAUAAAAUAUGUGCGAUUCAUGCAAUCGUCAGAUCCAAAUUAUUGUGUACAUGUGUAGGUUGUGAGAUUGAAGAAGAAGAGUCAACGAAACCUCUCACCCCAUCUUUCGUGUACCUUUUUUUCGUCAUAGGUGAAGCUGUGAAGGGGUGUGUGUGUGUGGCUGUGGAAACAGUACUCAAUUCCUCGUGCAUUUAAAACACGGACAAAAGGAAAGCUCUUAGAACGUGUGGAGUGGACAUCCAGGACAUACCGAUUAUCGACUCAAGUGAAACGAACGAAAAACGAGUGGCGAAUGCUGGAUUUAUUGAUAAUCAAGAAACAGCCGUGCGUGCGUAUGCGAUUGUACGGCGAUUAACGGUAACAAAACAAACUGAAAUAUUGAAAGUGAAAAAAGUGGCAAAAAGGCCGGUGAAGUGGCCGAGGCCCACACGACGAAAGGGUACGUAUCACCGACAAAAACCGCUAGGAGAUGACGACGCUCCAGGUGUAAGUGUGAACCCCAAAUUUCUGUGACAGAACUCUGUCGUAGUUUACUGCACACGCCUCGCACCCUGCGCCGUGUGACGCGCCCUUUUGAAGUAAAAUCGAUCCCAAUACUUCGUCACAAUUCGCGUCAAGAACCGAGAACCCGUGCCCGCCUACAGAAUGGAGUGCGCGGCAGAUCUUGUCGAACAGAAUAUGCAGACAACACGUGAUGAACCUAUCGACGAUGACGAUUAUGGCGGAGACGAAGAAGACGACGAGCAGGAGUUGGACUUGAGACGGAGUCCGUGCGAGAACGGCUCCAGUGGGGGCGAUCUUUCCGAUCCCCCCAGCCACGUAUCGUCCACCUUGUCGAAGGAACUCGGCGGACUAAAGGACUGCCAGGACCCCAUUCAGGUAUCGGCCGCGGCACUAGCUACGGCUCAAGCGAUGUUUGCUGCUGCCGGAAAAGCUGCCGAUCGUGUCCCACCACUUGGCCUUUUACCGGGAGCCCAUGGCUUUCUCAAUAGUCCAGCACACUUGCAGGCGCUUCGAAAUCCUGCGUUUCUACAGCUUACACAGAAUCUCGGAUUACCCGAUCCAACAGAUAAGCAGUAUGCUUUCGACGAUCAACUCAAACAGAUAUUCGCAAGCCAACAACAACAACAACAACAGCAACAACAACAACAACAACAGCAACAACAACAACAACAACAACAACAGCAACGAGCAUUCAAAGCUCCAGGAGGCCAAACAUCGCCCAAUCCUGACACAGACACUCCCAAGCAGAAGUCGAGCACAGAGUUCUGCCGUGACUUUAAAUUGUUGUAUGAACUCAGUGACGACCCGAAACGUAAGGAGUUCCUCGAUGAUUUGUUUGCCUUCAUGCAGAAGCGAGGUACACCAGUGAACCGUAUUCCGAUUAUGGCAAAACAGGUCCUCGACUUGUACGAGCUUUACCGAUUGGUUGUGGCGCGAGGCGGUCUUGUCGAAGUAAUCAAUAAGAAGAUAUGGCGCGAAAUUACGAAAGGACUCAAUCUGCCAUCUUCCAUCACAUCAGCGGCAUUCACUCUGCGUACGCAAUACAUGAAGUACCUCUACCCGUAUGAGUGUGACAAGGAAAAACUUAGUCAUCCUGAUGAGCUGCAGGCGGCCAUUGAUGGAAACCGUCGCGAGGGACGUCGUUCGUCGUACAAUCACUUUAACGAAAUGCUUUCAUCAGGAACCGCCGGUUCGGGUGGACCUGUACGUUCGCCUAGCAGCAACAAUGCCCCACCCCUAUCACUUGUUCCACAUCGCGGCUUGCUUCAGCUCAACGGUGGACUCAACGGAAAUAACAAUAAUCUACAUGGAGCUUCCUCGGGUGAAGAGGACAACAGUAUCGGUUCAAUGAUCGCUGGAGCUGGCGGAGGUCUUCUAAGCGGCCAGGAGCAGGCGCUCAAUCUCGACGUGAAAAUGGAACGUAGAUCGCCUCCAUUGCCGCCUGGCCUCGGCAGCCUUCCGCCUUCAUCGCAGCCUCUGCCCUCGUCAUUAAAAAGGAAUCUGUCAUCGUCUGGGGGCGCAAAUAACAGUGGCUCCCCACUCGAUCAGUUGAGUCCAUCGGAUCACCUGUCAACGGCGCAACAAAUUAAGAAACUCUGCGCGGAGGAACUUAUAAAAACACAUAUACAGCAGCAGCAGCAGCUACAGCAGAGUAAAGCUCUGGGACCUCUCCUUGGCAAAGAUGGUCGACCGGUUGAAGCUGGAAUACCAGUUAGUAUGGAAAUCAAUGGUAUCCUGUAUCAAGGGAUUUUGUUCGCGCAAACUAAGAUUUGAGCUGCGAUUAGAAACCAUCGGAUACAACACUCUGAGAGGAAAAUCAUCCACACAAGAUUUUCAAGGGACAAGACGCAACAGUAACGACGCCAUCGACACAAAGGCAGUAAAGCGUAUGAGCAUAAAAUACAACAGAAGACGUGUCGAAAGGCGUCCGGCCUAGGACUGGCCUUAUCGUCAGGACUAAUCUUGAGGCUCUGUAUGAUAAAGAAUGCGUGCGAGUACUGUUUGGGAAAACGUAACACUGAGAACAAGUUCGGUUCAUUCCACCCAAUUCGAUAUGUCGAUAUCGGUAACAGCUACGUUGUUAGAACAAGAUCGACAGGGGUGAUUCCUUUGGUUCCCGCGCACCCGCCUACUGCUGGAUUAUUAGACUUAUUUCAUAAACAAAUAAGUGUUGUAGGAACAUACAGAAAACGAUACCUAAUGUGGAACGAACAUACACACAGCGUAUGUAUGUCGAGCAUAUGUGUUACAUCUAGGCUGUCACAGGCGACUCAUGUCCUAGAUAACAACGCUUCUUAGCAGAUUAAUUGAUUCUAGUGGAAGGCGAACUAUCUCUAACCGUGACAAAAAGCCGCUAAAUGAAAGAAAGCCAUCCUGUAAUAGUGCGAAGCGCUGUGAAGUAGUACGAGGUGGUGAACACGCUAGAAAACAACUUUUCAUCCUCCCCCCUCCCCCCUCCGCCCGCCUUACGCAUAUUAUGAAACGCAUAUGCAGUCAUGUGGUAAUAGCAGACGACGUACGAACACAUGUGCACGAAAUCUGGAGGACAUGACAGUCUUGCAUAACAGGCUACUGCUUCAAAGAUAAACAAAGACCUACAACGAAGAAUAUAACACUACAGUAACAGUGUGAAGAACAGUUGCUUUUUCAGUUUGGCUGUCCUACGCGUUUGCGUUGGCGGGCGACAGAGCCAAGACAGUAAGCAGGAAGUGACUGCGAUGGAUGGAGAAGGCAAGAACGAAUGUAGCGCAUUUACCCUCGAGCAUCUCAAAAUCAAAUGCAAUUACUAUAGGGACAAAUUAAGGACUAAAGAUUGUCAGCGUGAACAUGAUUCAGCCCUCAAAUACAUUAGUUACUUCUAGAAUUGUGUAUUAUGGGUUAAAUAGGUCGGGGCAAUAGCCAUGUUGAGAAAAUCGGGAACAAACAACGGAAAUUUUUUUCACGUUGAUCAUAAUUUCGUUUCAUUGACAUAAUUAUUACUUUUCUCUCUCUCUCUCUCUCUAUAUAUAUAUAUCUACGUAUAUAUAUAUAUAUACGUAACAAAUAUUUUUGUUGUAGUUAUAUUACUAUGUCUAUAAUCACUAACUGUGUAAUAAGCCGACUAGCAAGCGGAUAUAAAUUAAAGGGAAUGUGUAGGCGUAAAGGCUGAAGGAGAGUUGACGUGGGAGACAACAAUCCUCGUUAUUUAAUCUGUGACAUUAUCGGCGGUAGUGAUCCUACCCGCGAAGCAAUUACGCCUGAAAAAAAUACUAAUGGGCAAGACAAAUAGGUCUACUGCAAUGUACUCGCGAAAAGAGGUUGCAACAAGAGACGAUGAAAUUGAUGCAGGAAACGAAUGCAUAUUUAUUUUGUGGCGACGAAGUACAGCGAAUCACACCGAGAGAUAAACAGCUGCCACGGCAGAAGAGAACAAAGGAGACCCUCGAAACUCCUGGACUCAAGGAUAGCACAAUGGACGAACGUAGAGAACGAAGAUCAAGCGUUAAUCGAUACGAUAGCGGCUAAGUACAAGUACUAGCAUUUCAUUAAUAAUAGAAUCAUUCAUCUUCCGUUCUUAUUAUCAAAGGAGAUACACAUUGACUCAACGUCAACAAACACGUGGAUGCGAACACGUCUAACACGCAUAUCCGACGCAGAUAGAGAGAGCGUGCUCUGUAAUACCGUACCAAACUGAAAUCCGCAGAAUCGUGUUAGUGUUCGAGAAAGAGGUCAUCGAGUCUUAAAUAUCGUCAACAGUAGAAUAUAAAACAGCAUAAAAAGACCAAAAAAAAUCUAUCAUACGAAUGGAUAUUAUAGUAUAUCUAAGAAGUCGGUCAUUAUAGAGUAGCGGAAUGGUCUCAUGGUCUCACCUGCUGAAGCUGGAUUUUCUCGUCGUAUGACGCAGUCUCGUCGCCUCUUGAUGUUGUAAAUAGUUUUUGAUGAGCGAUAGAUGUGGCACUAUUCAGCAUCGAGUAGUUCUAGCUGUACGACUGGGGUAUAUAUAUAAUUAAUACUGAUCAGUUCAGGAUCUAGUAGGAAGGAGUAUGGAAAUCCUAGGUAACACAGGAGAAGGGGACGAAUAAUCAACCACCCUUCCCUCUCUACGUAUCCUGGUCAGCGCCCGCAAGAAGAAAGCGGACGCGGAUGGAUAAAAUGACGUCAGUGUAAAUAUGAAUGUGACGCAGCAUCAACGAUAUCUGAAGGAACUAAGCAUAGAGGGCGAGUGAAAAGAUAAAUAACAAUGAUGAAUUAUUAUAAUAAUGAUAAAAACAUAUUGAAGAGGAGGGCAGACAAGCGAUAAUAGCAACAAAGUGGCUCAGCAGUGAUAACAAACCGAUGCUAACUUCGACGUUACACUGAAUAGCGUUGAGGAAAAAUACGAAUGAAUGCAUAUGAAUGCAGCAGAAGGACAUGAUGACAUACAAACUGGAACAAAAAUAAAUGGAAAUAAAGCAGACAGAAAAGAAGCAACAGUAAUAAAUCAAUCAAUAAACACUACU